AACCCUGGGGCUAUCCUGCGGACAAAGUUGUGGAAGUUGACAUAUGUUGGACUACUAAGACAGAGAAAGAGAGUGAACUCGGGGGACGAAGACGAUCAUGGAUAAUGAGAAACUUCAAGACCUAAAGCAAUUCGUGGAGCUAUGCAAAACGAACCCUUCAAUUUUACAAAAUCCUUCGCUUUCUUUUUUCAAGAACUUUCUCGAAAGCUUGGGUGCUCGAGUUCCUACAUCCGUUAAAUCUGAAAAAGGUGGAGAUGAACAUCCUGAUGAAUUGGAUGAGGACAUUAUAGAGUCUGAUGUUGAGUUGGAUAACACUGAUACCGUGGAACCUGACAAUGAUCCUCCACAACAGAUGGGAGUUUAUUCAGGUGAAGUUACUGAAGAAAAUCGAGAUGCUGCUCAAACAUCAAAAGCUAAAGCUCUUGAUGCAUUAUCUGAAGGCAAGCUUAAUGAAGCCAUAAAUCAUUUAACAGAAGCUAUUUUGUUGAAUCCAAAUUCUGCAAUAUUAUACGCAACAAGAGGUAGUGUCUUCAAUAAGCUGAAAAAACCCAACGCCGCGAUCCGUGAUGCUGAUGCUGCAUUAAAGAUCAACUCUGACUCAGCAAAAGCAUACAAAGUAAGGGGUAUGGCUAGGGCAAUGUUGGGCUUAUGGAAAGAGGCAGCUAACGACCUUCAUGUGGCAUCGACGAUAGAUUUUGAUGAGGAGAUUGCAGAGAUACUUAAAAAGGUUGAACCUAAUGCUCGUAAAAUUGAAGAGCACUGCCGAAAAUAUGAGCGUCUGAGACAAGAGAAGAAGCAGAGGAAAAUUGAGCGUGACAGGCAGUGCCGUCAAGCAGAAGCAAAGGCAGCUUAUGAAAAGGAUGAAAAGAAAGAACAACAAUCUCAACAUAAAGCUUCUGGUCCUGACUCUGGUUCUGAUUUAAAUGGUGGAAAAAUUAUUGGUAUCCAUUCUGUGAGCGAACUGGAGACAAAGUUAAAUGCUGCUUCCAGAGCAUCGCGUCUAGCUGUCCUUUACUUCACUGCGACAUGGUGUGGGCCUUGUCGUUUCAUUUCUCCAGUUUUCACAAGCUUGGCGGAGAAAUAUCCAAAAGCUGCAUUUCUAAAGGCUGAUAUAGAUGAGGCAAGAGAUGCGGCUUCAAGAUGGAACGUCAGUAGUGUUCCAGCUUUCUUUUUCAUAAAAUAUGGCAAGGAGGUUGACAGAGUAGUAGGUGCUGACAAGAAUUUGCUGGAGAAAAAGAUCGUUCAAUAUGCAGGCUAACUUCAUAUGGAUUGAAUUUGUGCAUUACUUUCUCUGUUUCAGAAUAAUAGUAUGUGAUUUGGCUGGUUUGGUGAUAUAAAUGUCUUUGUUUGUUGAAAUAAAGGCACAGUUUCUUAAGUUUCUUUCAGUGAAGAACUGUUUUCAAGGUUUCCUAA